AUGUUUAGUGCCGAGGCGGAAUUCAAUUGGAGUCGUGCGUUCUCGGAGCCGGAUCUGACAAGGAGUCAAAAAGGUCACGAGGAUCGGUUUAGCAUAAAGCAUCCACACGAGUAUAUUACCGUCGAUGAUCUAAAGUUCUUCCGGCGACGACAGCCUUUCCCGUUGCAUACGCAGAGCAACGUCUGUCUUCACAACAGCCAGGAGCCGGUGGUGUCCUUUGGCUCCUUGAAGUCGGAGUAUCAGAAGCGGUAUUGUUGCCAGGGACACGCCCCGACCCGAUCCCGACCCCGAUCCCUGCUGAGACGUGCGACAUCGCUGCGUCUGGAGGGCCUUAUGCAUUUGCUGUCGGAGCAUCACGAGAAAUAUCACUGGUACACGGCCGAGGAACUGCAGUUUUCGCGCACUUUUCCAGUGCGCAAUCCGGAGAACUUACAGCUGGGCCGCAACGGAGACAGCGCUGGGCAGGAGGAGAUGAAGAACUCAUCGUAUCUCACGUAUCCCAUGGUAGAUGCCGGUGCCCAAAUCCUGCCAAGGGAAAUGUUUCGCGAGGAUCCGCACAAGGAGCAGCCCAAUAAGCUGGCAAGCGACAAGUUCAAGCGGGAUGUGGCCGCCCAGGAGCAGAAUCGAUGCCAUCUGCAGAUGCGGGCCGAGGAUACACAUUACGAGGCGACACCUUCUGAGUAUAAGCGCCAGUUUGUGGAGCAGUUUCCCAUCGAGAAGGCGCACUCCAUACCACAGAUGAGCAGCAUUCGGAUGCAGGGCGACUUUGUCACAGUUCCAGAGUACCAGGACAGCUUCAAGAUGUACGCCAACUACUCGAAGAGUGCCCCCAUCAAGAAGCACGACAAUUUGCGCGUCUCCGGAGCCGAGCAGGAGAACACGGCGGAGGCAACCGGCGGAGAUCUGCCCGAGUAUCGUGAUAAGUUUAAUGUCCCACCCAAGCACAUGGCCAAAGAGAAAUCACUGAAGACCGACGAUCAUCUGCGUCCCCGUGGAGAAUUCACCAAACAGGUGCCCGAAUAUUAUGAGAGCUUCCGUGAUCCCCAAAUCACCGAGAUGCCCGAGCGGGGCAAGGUAAGAGAGCCCUAUCUCCGACUCCGCGGCAAGAUCGAAUUUAAUCCCGAGUAUCGCAACAAUUACUUGGACUUUCCACGAUCCCGUCCAGUGGUCCGCAAACCGGUGUCCUCCUUCCGUUUGCCCACCACCACCAGCACCACCAACACCAACACCACCACGACAUCCAGUCCACGCAGGGAAAGGGAGCCAGCUGCCAGCUGUAUGACUUCCACAGAGCUAACUGCCACGCCCGAAUACCGACGCGCCCAAUACAACUAUCAAUUGCGGGAACGGGAACGGGAACGUCCACGUGAGCUGAAUCCCCCAGUAAAAGCGGCUCCUGGCAAUCUGCGCAAGAGCUCCGAUUCCUCGCUAGACGCCAGCCAGCUGCAGUCGCAGGCCAAACGGCGUCCAUCGCGACAGAGGCAGCUGAAGGAGCCGACGCCGCAGUUGGCGCCCAACUUCGAGGAUGUGGCCACUGGAGGUGGAUUCAAGAAACCGCCCAGAUAUGGACGACGCGCUUCCGUUCUCCAAAAUGCGGUCAACUGCCGCGACAAGUCGUCAAUCAUCGAGGGGAAUCCCAAGUAUGCAAUUGGCUGUCGACGGGAUAAGCAGAAUACGGAGAAUCAACAUCAACAGGAUUCCUUUGUGGUCCUUGAUGAGCCUUGCAAGCCUUCCAAUUGGAUGAAGAAGACCUGGUACGAUUCUUAGUUGAAUCUUGAUUAAUUUAAGCACAUAAUUCAAUAAACAAUUUACAAAGAAAACUCAA